GUACAGCAUCCUAGCUUCCUGUGUUGUGUAAACAUGUGGAUUGGGACUCUUUAUUGAAUAGUGCGCCGACUAGUUGUUAAACAACUAAUUAAUUUAAGUUCAUAGAGAACGUAACUGUAUUAAUAACAACAUGGAGUCUGAAAAUCGAACUAAAAAGAGACCCAAUGUGGAGGAGGAAAGGUCUGCCUUAGAGGAAGCGGAGGCGGACGAUUAUGUUCCGUAUGUUCCUGUCAAAAUUAGGAAACAUCAAAUGCAACAGAAGAUGUUACGUCUGCGAGGAAAGGCGGUGGACGAGGAGCAUAAGGACAGUGGGGAGGAGCAGAGGGACGAGGACGAGGGUCUCGGUCCGCGCUCUAAUGUCAGUCUCCUCGACCAGCAUCAGCACCUCAAAGAAAAAGCAGAAGCCCGUAAGGAGUCAGCCAAGGAGAAGCAGCUGAAAGAGGAAGAAAAUAUUCUUGAGAGUGUCGCAGAAGGCAGAGCUUUGAUGUCUGUGAAGGAAAUGGCCAAAGGUAUCAUAUAUGAUGAUCCCAUAAAAACAAGCUGGAAGGCACCACGGUACAUCCUGAACAUGCCAAACACUCGAAAUGAACGCGUCAGGAAGAAGUUUCACAUCCUUUCUGAUGGAGACGGCAUCCCUCCUCCAAUCAAAAGCUUCAGGGAGAUGAAGCUUCCACCAGCAAUUCUUAAAGGUUUAAAAAAGAAGGGAAUUGUGCAUCCCACACCAAUUCAAAUCCAAGGAAUCCCUACAGUUCUCGCAGGUCGAGACAUGAUUGGAAUAGCCUUCACUGGAUCCGGAAAGACUUUGGUCUUCACUCUGCCCAUCAUCAUGUUUGCCCUGGAGCAGGAGAAAAGGCUGCCUUUCGUCAAGAGAGAAGGACCGUAUGGACUCGUCAUCUGUCCUUCUCGAGAGUUGGCGAGGCAGACUCACGGCAUCCUGGAGUACUACUGCAAGCUGCUGGAGGACGAAGGAGCUCCUCAGCUGCGAACUGCUCUCUGCAUCGGAGGAAUGUCUGUCAAGGAUCAGAUGGAAGUAGUUAACCAUGGUGUCCACAUGAUGGUGGCUACCCCUGGACGACUGAUGGACUUGCUGCAGAAGAAGAUGGUGAGUCUGGACAUCUGCCGCUACCUGAUCCUGGAUGAGGCUGAUAGGAUGAUUGACAUGGGCUUUGAGGAAGACAUCCGAACCAUCUUCUCUUACUUCAAGGGGCAAAGACAAACGCUGCUUUUCAGUGCCACUAUGCCCAAGAAGAUCCAGAACUUUGCCAAGAGCGCGCUGGUCAAACCCAUCACCAUCAACGUGGGCAGAGCUGGAGCUGCCAGCUUGGAUGUCAUCCAGGAAGUGGAAUACGUCAAGGAGGAGGCCAAGAUGGUGUACCUGCUCGAGUGUCUCCAGAAAACACCACCUCCUGUGCUGAUAUUUGCUGAGAAGAAAGCCGAUGUAGAUGCCAUCCAUGAGUAUCUGCUGCUCAAAGGAGUGGAAGCAGUGGCCAUCCAUGGAGGAAAAGAUCAAGAGGAAAGAACAAAAGCCAUAGAGGCGUUUAAAGAAGGAAAAAAGGAUGUCUUAGUUGCCACAGACGUUGCCUCCAAGGGUCUGGAUUUCCCAGCUAUACAGCAUGUAGUGAAUUAUGACAUGCCUGAGGAGAUAGAAAACUAUGUCCACAGAAUUGGUAGAACUGGACGAUCAGGCCAAACUGGUGUUGCCACUACGUUCAUCAAUAAGGGCUGUGAUGAGUCGGUGUUGAUGGAUCUCAAAGCCCUGCUGGUUGAAGCCAAGCAGAAAGUCCCUCCAGUGUUGCAGGUGCUCCAGACAGGAGACGAGACCAUGCUGGACAUCGGAGGAGAGAGGGGCUGCACAUUCUGCGGUGGUCUGGGUCAUCGUAUCACAGACUGUCCCAAGUUGGCGGCCAUGCAGACCAAGCAGGUCACCAACAUCGGGCGCAAAGACUACCUGGCUCAUAGUUCAAUGGACUUCUAAAAGUUUCAUAUUCGUGGGAAGAGUCUUCAAUGCGAAAUGGAACUGAAAAACAUUUUUGAGGAAACUGUACGCCUUUGUGUUGUGUCGUGUCAUUGAACUAAGGAAGUGUCUUUUUUAAUCUUCACUUGACAUAGUUUGCAAGUGAAUUUUCUUUGUUGCCCUAAAAUCUGACAUGCUUUUUGCUGGAUGUGUAGAAUUUGUAAUAUACAUUUUGAUACUCCAACUGUAAAUAAAACCACUUUAUCCAUUGA